AUGAUUUAUUUUAAAAGCUGCAAUUAAUAUCGCUUUUUUAACUAUUAAUUUCAUUUUACGAUUAUUAAUUUUACUCUUUUAUAUCUUCUUAAGACAAUUAUUAAUUUAAUUUUUAUUACUAAGUUUUUAUUAACUUGCUAUUUUCUUAUCUCUUAUCUUAAUUAUUGGUACUUUUGUCUUUGUUAAAAUAUAUUUUAUUAAAUUAACAAAAUGAACUUUUUAAAUUUUUGGAUUGAUUUUUAGUCAUGCUUUUAGGAGUUUAUAAUUUAGAAUUAUUUGUUGAAUUAGCAAUACUUUUUAAAUUGCUUUAUAUUUUAUUAAUAUUUUGAGUUUCUACUAAUUUUGCUUAGCUAGCUUUUUUCAAUUAUUUAUUUAUACUUUACAGCAUAAUAUUCAUGUCUAAUAAAUCAAGUUUUUUUUUAGUUUCUUCAUUUUGCAUAAUUUUUUAAUUAUUUAAUUUUUUAUCGUUGA